CGACAGCCAAUGACAACUUAUGUGACAACUGACACCUACUAUGAUGUGCACAAUUUUUGAAGUUUUGUAAGUUAUCGACUCCGUGUUACCUUACAACACUUUGUACAAUUAACUUUGACAAUAAUAUAAACAAAUGCCUCAUUUAGUUGAUCUCCUUUUUGAUUAACAUUUGUUCGUUGGGUGUGUUGGUGUUGACAUUUCGUGAAGAAAAAUCCGUGCGACUGCAGCGUCAGCUGUUGUGUAAACACGGAACUGAUUUGUCAAUAGAUUGUCAGAAAAUAAUAGUCGGAUUUCAUUUUGUGUAAAAAUUCCGACACAAUGACAUCAAAUGAGCAAAAAGCGCAGCAAUUAAUUGCAGAAGCCGAAAAGAAAGUGUCUUCAAAAGGAUUUUUUGGAUCAUUAUUCGGAGGAAAUAGCAGAAUCGAAGAUGCUGUCGAGUGCUACCAAAGGGCUGCCAAUCUGUUUAAAAUGGCCAAAAAUUGGGCGCAAGCCGGAAGUGCGUUCUGUGAAGCUGCAAACUUGAAUUCCCGAAGUGGGGCUCGACAUGAUGCUGCCACAAAUUAUGUAGAUGCUGCCAAUUGUUACAAGAAGUCAGACAUCAAUGAAGCCGUAAACUGCCUUCUCAAGGCGAUAGAAAUCUACACAGAUAUGGGUCGGUUUACCAUGGCCGCAAAGCACCACCAAAGUAUUGCCGAAAUGUACGAAACCGACGCCAUAGAUUUAGAAAAAGCCGUGCAACAUUACGAACAAGCCGCUGAUUAUUUCCGAGGAGAAGAAAGCAAUGCUUCGGCCAAUAGGUGUUUGUUAAAGGUAGCACAGUACGCAGCCCAGUUGGAAAAUUACGAAAAAGCAAUACAAAUUUAUCAGCAAGUUGCCUCGUCAGCUCUAGAAAGUUCACUUUUAAAAUAUAGUGCUAAGGAAUAUCUAUUUCGUGCUGCCUUGUGUCAUCUUUGUGUCGAUGUUUUGAAUGCGCAGCAUGCCAUGGAGCGUUACGUGCAAAUGUAUCCUGCUUUCCAAGAUUCCAGGGAGUAUAAGUUGUUGAAAACUCUCAUUGAACACAUGGAGGAACAGAAUGUCGAAGGUUUUACUGACGCUGUUAAAGAAUAUGAUUCGAUUUCGCGUCUAGAUCAGUGGUACACCACCAUAUUGUUGCGUAUCAAGAAACAAUUGAACGAAAAUCCAGAUUUGCGCUAAAGCGAUUUUUUAUGGUUGUUAAGAGAGGAUAUUUAUUUAUGUUUUGUUGGAUUUCAAGAAUUAUUUGUAAACAACGUAAAUAAACCUUGUGUAAAGUUA